UUUGGGUGGUAAAACUUAAAAGAUCGAUCGAUGAUCUCUCCCAAAUGACGAAGCCGGCGCCAUCGCGUCGCUUUGUCUUGGUUCACGUCGGCCAUGGAGCCUGGUGCUGGUUCAGGCUCCGGCUGCUUCUCGAGGCCGACGGCCGCGAGGUCACGUGCCUCGACCUCACCAGCGCCGGGGUUCAUCCCUCCGACGCCGAUUCGGUUGUUAGCUUCGAAGAGUAUGACAAGCCUUUGGUUGAUUUCAUGUCGUCACUGCCGGAGAACGAGAAGGUAGUAUUGGUAGGUCAUAGUGCAGGCGGACUAUCUUUGACUCACAUCAUGCAUGAGUUCCCUGAGAAAAUCUCUGUUGCCAUCUUCAUUGCUGCUACAAUGCUUCCUUCAGGGUUCCUCUCUGAACAAGACAUGAAAGAUGGAAUUCCUGAUUUAUCAUCAUUUGGUGAUGUAUACAACCUCAACUUUUCCCAAGGGACCAACAGACCACCAACAAGUGCUUCUCUAAGAAAAGAAUUCCAACGGAUAAUCUUAUAUCAAUCAACUCCUGAGGAGUACUCAACUUUAGCUUCAAUGCUGCUUCGGCCAUGGCCAGCCCAAGUAUUCAGCAGUGUAAGCUUCAGAGAAGAAGAGGAUGUAAACAAAAUAAGAAGGGUGUAUAUAAAGACAGCUAGAGAUAAUAUGGUGAAGCCUGAGCAGCAGGACGCAAUGAUUCAGAGAUGGCCUCCAAGUGAAGUUUUUGUCAUGGACGCUGACCACAGCCCCUUUUUCUCAGCACCUGAAGAGCUCUGCAAGCUAAUAUUUCAGGCUUCUAUCUGAAUAAAGAAUGAUAAUUUCAGUGUGUUUGUUCUUAAUUUGAAGAUGGACAUUUCAACAGCCUGUAAUAAUUUUAUUUAGAGUCGAACCUGUAAUAUCGUUGUUUUGGACUUACUACUCCUCGAUUUUAUCUAGUUUUCAACAAAAAACUGGGUCAAGAUCCUUAUUCUUCAAAAAGAAUACUAGUGUUUGGAAAUUUGAGACGGA